AUGUUAUCACCAAGUAAACGUGUACCCUCUCUACCUUCGUCACAAAUCAGGCAGGAUUUAGUCGGUGUUGAGAGAGAGAAGUCAACGGAGAACCAAGAAGCUGGAUUUGAAAAAAGAAAUGGAGAAGUGCUGGCUGACCAAUUCCAACUCCAUCAAAACCACAUUCAUCAAACCGCUUGCUUUUCUCGUCUGUUCAUCAUCCAACAUAUGGGAACCUUGUUGUUAUUCUUGUCCACCAGCUUUUUAUUCUAUGCACUUGUCUCUGGUGUUACAUACACUGAAUUAAUCUUUCCAAAUUUCUCUGCUUCAAACUUUAAGUUUGUUGACAACGCAGGGGCUUUCCUGUUCUCUCGAAAUGGAACAUUCAAAGUUGCUAUGUUCAACCCUGGAGCAAAAGCCCACUUUUACUUGUGUGUUAUGCAUGCAGUGUCUGGCACGGUCAUCUGGUCUGCUAAUCGUGAUGAUCCUAUCUCAAGUUCUGGUAAAAUGAAUCUUACAGCGAAUGGAAUUACCAUUUCCGAGCAAGAAGGCAAUCAGAAAUGGUCAACUCCACCACUAAGAUCAUCAGUAUAUGCAUUACUGCUAACUGAGAUGGGUAAUCUUGUUUUACUCGACCAAUUUAAUAAUUCUCUUUGGGAGAGCUUCCACCAUCCAACAGACACGAUUGUCAUGGGACAGCACUUACUUGAGGAUGCAAUGCUAUCCAGUGCAGUAUCAAAUGAAGACUUGUCAACCGGUGAUUACAUGCUUACAGUCAGUGAUUCAGAUGUCAUGCUGCAAUGGUAUGGGCAGACAUAUUGGAAAUUGUCUAUGGAUGCCCUAGCUUCCAGGAACUCUAAUUCUAUAAUUGAAUAUAUGGCAAUUAAUGGAACGGGUCUCUUUCUCUUUGGUCGUAAUGGAUCAGCAGUUGUGACGCAGGUGACCUUGCCUCGAUCCAGCUUCCGAAUUGGCCUGUUGGGUGCUUCUGGCCAGUUCAUGAUCAGUAGUUUUCUGGGUGCUGACAGGAAACAGGAAUUUGUGGGGCCAAUUGAUGCUUGUCAAAUUCCAUUUGUAUGUGGUAGAAUUGGACUGUGUACUGGCACUACAUCCAAUGGCCCGACUUGUUCAUGCCCCCAAGGUUUCCUAAGAGGUUCGCAACAUUUGAGUGGUUGCCUGCCAAGUGAUGGUUAUUCUUUGCCAUUGGCUUGCAAUUCAACCAAUAAUGUUACUCAGUUGAAUUCAUCUGAUGUUUCAUAUCUGAGGCUUGGUUAUGGUUUGGAUUACUUCUCUAUUGAUUUCUCUGAGCCCAUAAAAUAUGGGGUAAAUUUGUCAGUCUGUCAAGACGUCUGCACCGCUGAAUGUUCUUGUUUGGGAAUUUUUUAUGAAAAUUCUUCUGGCUCUUGCUAUGCACUUGAAAAUGAAUUAGGUUCCAUUACAGCGAGUACUACAGAUGAUGACGAUCUUUUCGGCUUCAUUAAGACUCUAGGUGGAAAUGAUUCAACUGCCAACAAUGGGUCUACAAAUCAAAGACGAGAUUUUCCUGUAAUUGCUCUGGUGCUGUUACCUUUAGCUGGAUUCUUCAUCAUAGUUGCUCUCAGUUUCCUCUGGAGGAGAAAACGGAGAUUUUUCAAGAAUGAAGAGACAAAACAAAGCCGUGCAAACUCGCUUUCUUCAGGAGAUCUGGAUGCCUUCUACAUCCCAGGCUUACCUCAACGGUUUGACUACGAAGAGCUCGAGGUGGCUACUGAUAAUUUUAAGACCAAGAUAGGGAUGGGUGGGUUCGGUGCUGUAUACAAGGUCCGUUCACAAAGCCAUAGCAUGGAUAACAGUAACAGUGGUGGUGGCCAAUCGACUUCGUCAUCUGGAUCUGCACUUGUUUAUUUCCCAUUAUUUGCAUUGGAGAUGCAUGAGCAAGGAAGGUACUUGGAGCUUGCUGACCCAAGGCUAGAGGGACGAGUGACAAGUGGAGAGGUGGAGAGAUUAGUGCUUGUUGCUUUGUGUUGCGUUCAAGAGGAGCCAAUAUUGAGGCCUAAUAUGGUUAGUGUUGUUGGAAUGCUGGAAGGUGGUACCCCUUCAGGUCAGCCAAAAUUAGAAUCUCUGAAUUUCUUGCGCUUUUAUGGACGUAGAUUCACCGAGGCUUCCAUGAUUGGAGAGGAAAAUGAACAGAGUAACAUUAUAUUGUAUCCAGAAGCAAAUACUUUUGCUACAAGCACAACAAAUGGCUCACAUGCUCGUUUCUCCUAUAUCUCCUCGCAGCAGAUCUCAGGCCCAAGAUAG